AUGGACCUGGCACCAGCGCCCAACGGAGAGAGCCCGCUGAAGAACCCGGUGGUCGAAGUGGAAGCCGUUGAUAUGGCCUCUGCCGAGGUUGAAGGUGGCAUGGCGACAGAGAACCCUCUCGCCCUGGAGGGCGAAGGGUCCGCGUCGGAGUACGAGUCCGACAGCGGCGACUCUGAAGACUGGGAGACGCAGUCUCUAUACGAAGAUGCCAUUCAGGUUCUUCGCGACGAGCAGCUCCGCGACGGAGUGCCCGGUGCCUGCACGCUGGACGAGGCUAUCGCUUUUCGGAACCGCCUGCAUGAGAUUGGCAAAGCUGCGUUUGUGGAGGAAACAAUCGCGCGGGACACGGUCACUGCGAAGAAGUUGUGCACUGCGUUUGGUAUCAUGCCGCCUGCUUUCCUUGAAGGUGCACCGGACGAGGCCUACCAUCCCUUGCUGGCUAUUGCGAUUUCGCGGGAAUUUUCCAGACGUCCAAAACUCCCGCAGUACAACUCCAUUGAUGAUGCUGUCAAGUUGCUCCAAGAGUCCAAGAACAUUGUCGUGCUGACAGGCGCUGGUAUCUCAACAAGUCUCGGAAUUCCAGACUUCCGUUCGAAAGAUACUGGACUUUAUUCGCAAUUGGAGCACUUGGGUCUUAGCGACCCUCAGGAGGUUUUUGAUAUUCACGUCUUUCGAGAAGAUCCGAGCAUUUUCUUUUCUAUCGCAAAGGACAUCUUGCCCACAGAGAAGAAAUACUCCCCGACUCAUGGGUUUAUACGACUACUCCAGGACAAAGGAAAGUUACUCACGAAUUACACCCAAAAUAUCGACAACAUUGAGGCCAACGCGGGUGUCGUCCCUGAGAAAAUCGUCCAAUGUCACGGCUCGUUUGCAACGGCCACUUGUGUCAAGUGCCACUAUAAAGUCCCGGGUGAUGCCAUUUUUGACGACAUCAAGAAGGGCGUUGUCCCGCAGUGUACCGCGUGUCAGAAGCAGAUUGCUGAGGACUCGUUGAGGCCCCAGGGGCUGAAGCGCAAACGCAGCAGCAACGGAAACCACAAGGGUCGGAAGAGCGAUGGCGAGGAUAGCUCCGAGGAUGAAGACUACGAGAUCCCGACUCCAGGAGUGAUGAAGGUUCGCGAACUUCUCAAAGUCGAUCCCAGCAGAUGUGCUAACUGUGUCCAGCCGGAUAUCACUUUCUUUGGCGAAGAUCUUCCUGACGAGUUUGGCCGUCGCCUUCUUCACCACGACCGCGACAAGGUGGAUCUAGUCAUCGUGAUCGGCACAUCCUUGAAGGUGGCGCCUGUAGCGGAAGUCCCCGGCGUGCUCCCUCGCCAGGUGCCUCAGAUCUACAUUUCUCGUACACCGGUGUCACAUACUAGUUUUGAUAUCGAUUUAUUGGGCGACUGUGACGUGGUCGUCUCCGAACUCUGUCGCCGGGCUGGCUGGGACUUCCAACAUGAGAUGAUUCCCCCCGACGAAAAGGUCGAGGUCACCACUGUCGAAGGAUACGAGUCACGACAUGUUUUUAAGCCCUAUCUGGGCCAGACGCACGCGACAAUGGAGUAUCUAAUCCGCUUCGCGCAGUCUCACGAGAGUUUCCGACGGCCAGAGAUCGAAGCGUUAGCGGAUCUUGCUGGGAUUGCUCUAGAGAUUCUCUUCUACGAUGGAUCGUCACCGUAUUGCCUCGUGAAACUCCAGAGCGAGGAUGACGCACGCGCUCUUAUCACGCGCAGUAUUCUAGCAAAAGAUAUCUUCGAACUCUGGGGCCAAGGCGCCAAUUAUGAUGAACUCCACGCCGACGUCCGCAGGCGGACGCAGCAUCGCUUCAAGGACUACCUCACCGUCCCGUUCCGCUUCACGGUCGAGUCCGCCUUCUGGAAGCGCACCCUGGACACGAAAAAGAAGAUCAUCCAGUCCUUCGCCUACAUGGGCUUCCAGGGCCCCAUCCGCAUGAACGACCCGGACGUCGACUUCUUCGUCCUGGAAGAAUUCAAGCUGCGCCCCGCUGUCGCCGGUGUGAUCCCGUCACCGCAGCCGGUCGACAAGAAUGGCAAGGAAACCGAGGAGCCGCAGAAGAUCUUCUUCGGGCGGCGCGUCGCCUGUAGCAGUCGCGAAAUGGUCCACCGGUACGACCUCAAAAAGCGCAAGUACAUCAGCACCACCUCGAUGGACGCCGAGCUGAGCCUCGUCACGGCCAACAUGGCGCACGCCGCCCCCGGCAAGAUCUUCUACGACCCGUUCGUCGGCACGGGCAGUUUCUGUGUCGCCGCCGCGCACUUCGGCGCCGCAACGUUCGGCUCCGACAUCGACGGACGCAGCUUCCGCGGCCGAGACCAGAAGCAUGGCGAGCCGAUCGGCCUGCUCGCAAACUUCAGGCAGUACGGCAUCGAGAGCAACUACCUCGAUGCCUUUACGUCCGACUUGACCAACACGCCACUCCGCGAUUGCCCGCUCCUGGACGGCAUCGUCUGCGACCCUCCGUACGGCGUGCGCGAGGGUCUGCGCGUCCUCGGCACUCGCGAGGGAGGUCGCCAGGCCGUGCCUGUAUGGGACGGCGUCCCUGUCCAUCUUCGCCCCGGCUAUAUCGCGCCCAAAAAACCUUACGGCUUCGAGGCCAUGCUCGGUGAUAUCCUGGCCUUCGCUGCGCGAACACUCGUCACAGACGGACGACUGGCCAUGUGGAUGCCCGACGCCAACGAUGAGGACGUUGAGUACCUGAUUCCAAUGCACCCGAACCUCGAAGUCGUCCAUGUGUCUGUGCAGCCGUUCAGCAACUGGUCCCGUCGACUCAUUACCUACCGGCGACUCCCGGAGGGGCAAUUCUCAGACGUCUCGCAGGCGCGGAGCAAGACCGAUCCCCAGGGAAGUAAAGCCGAUGAACUCAACCCGUUCCGAAGAAAGCGCAAAGGUAUCAUAGAACAACCAAAACAAAACAAAUACCACUCAGAGCUUGAGCUUCCCCAGUCCCUUCCGCUCAACAUCCCAAUCCGCUUCCAGAUCAACACCCUCAGUUCGAACCCGCUGUACCUCCCUCGCCAACUCGGCCCGCAACAACCCCGCCAGGGCCUCCCCUUCCUCAUCGUCCAGUUCGUCCCUCUGUCCGCGCCCGAACAUCACCCAGCUAGCCUUUGCCGCCGUCGGCGCCGGGUCCAAGGGCGGCCGGGGGAUGACAUGGAAAUGGACAUGAGGGACCUGCUGCGCGGCCCGUUCGCCUGCUCGAGUUAG